AUGCAGUCGGCAUUUACCCAGCAAGUGCUGGAUGAUAAAGGUGCGUUGCGUCAGUCUUCCAGCGGUAAUGUGUUCUUGUCACGCCCCGGUAAAUUCCGUUGGGAAUAUGCUGCACCCGAUAAGCAUGAGAUCGUGGCGGACGGCAAGAACGUGUGGGUUUAUGACGUAGAACUCGAUCAAGUCACCGUCAAACCCAUGUCACAAGCGCUGGCGGCUGCUCCAGUAGGAAUGCUGACCCAGCAACAGCCAGUCGAUAAGCAAUUCGACGUGCAGGAAAUGGAAGCGGACGGCAGUAAUCUGGAAUGGUUUCGGUUGACGCCUAAGAAAAAGGAUUCCGAUUUCACCACAAUGGAUCUGGGCAUCAGUGCUACCGGUGUGGAAGAAAUGAUUCUGGGUGACAAGUUUGGGCAGCAAACUUACAUCAAAUUUGAAGGCUUGCGCACCGAUGUGGACAUUGAUAAAAGCCGCUUCACCUUCACACCGCCCAAAGGGGCGGAUGUGAUUGGUAAGGCUUCCUGA